CUAAGUCGCCGAAUUACGGAUGCUUCGUUGGAGUAUCAAAAAUUGUACAGCCAGUGGAACUCUAUCGAUUUUGAUACCUUAGAUGCAGACGGAACAGUAGUGUCCUUUGAAAAAAUUCAGAAAGAAUAUCGAGACAACGCUGAUAGAAUCGAGAGAUCUUUGGCUCAAAUAUUCAUUGAAGCAUUUGAUGAGUGCUACAGCACAGCGCAUUGUUUUCAGUUAAUUGAAAUGGCAGGAACGUUGUUCGACAGUAAGAUUAUUAAGCACGAAAUACGAGACAAAUAUAAGACGAUUCUUGACUUGUAUCAGCAGGAAAUGGAAGAAGUGAACGAAAUUUUCGAAAGCAAACUGAAACAGUUGAAAAAAAUCGGUUUAAAGGCGAUUCCCGUUGACAAAUGUCUACCAACUGUGUCUGGAACUCUGAAAUGGGCUUUUAAAUUACGCAUACGUCUUACAGCUCCAUUACAAGACCUCGAAUUUUUAGAUUCGCCGAUAUUCCAGGGAGAGGAAGGCCAGAAGGCCAUUCAAAGAAAAUGUGAAAUUGAAGCACGUUUAUUGGACUUCGAGAAAGAAAUAUUUGAGCAAUGGAAGAUGAUGAUUGCGACGCAGAUCCCGCAAUUUAUGGGGAAGACGCUAUUAAAACGAUCGUCAGAAAAAUUAUUGAUUUUGAAUUUUGACGAAACUGUUAGUACACUCUGUUAG